AUGACGUCCAACCAGUCUGUUAAGCUUGAGAGUUCAGUUGCUUUUGACGCAGGCGGAGACACCAUGAAGCUCGAUUUCGCAAAGCUUACAGCCUUUUUGGCGGCCAAUUCCACAGGCACUGGUGUACUUAUCUGCCCUGGUGGUGGUUACAGUCAUGUCUCUAUUGUCAAGGAAGGUUACAAUCCAGCUGCAUACCUGAAUAAGCUUGGCAUCGAUGCGUGGGUUCUUGAUUACACCACGACACUCAAUGCAACUGCACCUAUCUAUCCCAAGCCCGAGAAGGAAGUCUUCGCUGCUCUCAAGAAGAUACGCCAUGAGAACCCAAAAAUAGAGAAGCUCGGUAUUUGGGGCUUCUCAGCGGGCGGUCACCUUGCAUCCACAACCCUCACCAACCCCAAAGCCGGUCUGGAUUUCGGCAUCCUCGCGUAUCCUGUUAUUACUUUAGAAGGCAACUAUACGCAUGCUGGUUCUCGUGACAAUCUACUCGGGCCUAACGCGACGGCCGACGAAUUGCAUGAUCUAUCAGCUCAGAACUUGGUAUCUGAUACAACGCCCCCGACAUUUUUGUUCCACACGUUUGACGAUCAAGCUGUUCCUGUGCAAAACACUCUGAUGUUUGCUGAAGCCAUGGCUGCGCAUAAGAGAAAGGCUCAGGUUUUGAUCUUGCCCGAUGGCCCGCAUGGUCUUGGGUUAGCUCUUGAUGAUCCUGUGCGCAGUUGGACAAACGAAUUAACACGAUUUCUCACAUAUUCGAUCUAG